CACCCUGCUCCAGAUCUUUGUAUAAAGUCCCCCGCCCAUUUCGCGGCAGAUCACUACAGCUUGAUUUUUGCCAGCGCCAUCUCUCGAGAUCAGGAAAAGCUCCGCCACUCUAGCUCGCUCCCACUCCAAACUUUUCCGAACCGAAACGGAUGCAUAUAAAGUGCACCGUGCGUGCGCGCCACUGACAUUAGUAGUUGCAGCAGCAGUAGGGCAGCCGCUACCACGUCCACGUCCUUCUACUCGUACUGGCGGCAGACCUGCACUUCCGGUGCAUAAUUGCCGACGCAGCGUGCUCCAUCGUUGAUUCAUCGAGGAAGAAGAAGGGAAGCUGCAGGGCCGCGGCCUUCACACCAUGGGCGCGCACGCCAGGUCCCUGAGCUGGUACAUGGGCCAGUCGGGCUCGCAGCCGCCGCCGAGCCCCAACAACGAGGGGCAGCGCGCGCUCAGCAGCAGCAGCGGCGGCAGCGACGCCAGCUUCGACACCAACAUGGUGAUCAUCCUGGCGGCGCUGCUCUUCGCGCUCCUCUUCGCGCUGGGGCUCAACUCGCUGGCGCGCUGCCUCAUCCGGUGGGCGCGGACCGCCUCGGGAGAGGCCAGCGGCGCGGAGGAGGCCACCACGUCGUCGCGGGGCGGGCUCAAGAAGCGCGCGCUCAGGAGCCUCCCCAUCGAGGUCUACGGCGCGUGCGCGGCCGCCGCCGGGUCCGCCCCGCCGGCGGACGACGUCUGCGCCAUCUGCCUCGGCGAGUUCGAGGACGGCGACAAGGUGCGCGUGCUCCCGCGCUGCGGCCACGAGUUCCACGUCCGCUGCGUCGACACCUGGCUCGCCUCGCGCGACUCUUGCCCCACCUGCCGGGACGCGGUGCUCAGCGGCGCCGCCGCCGGACGCAGCGGCUUGCGGCAGGGGAGCGCCGACGGUGCAGCCGUCACGGUCAUCAUCGCGUGACGUGGACUGGUGGGGGCCGCGCGCCAUUAGUGGUGACCGGUGGGCCCGCAGAUAGGUUUGUUCGAGGUAGAAAGUAUCCUAGCCGUGGCCGUGUCUGUCAGAUAUUUUUCGACUUGGGUGCCGUGAGAGAUGGCCCGAUUGUCUGAGGUCACGGUCAAGCUUUGCCUCCCGUGGACGGCAUGUGUACUCCUAUCAUUUCUUUUCUUUUCCUGUAUAGUAUACUAGGUUACUGUAGAGUUUAAAAUAAGAUUGUAAAUUUGUACAUGCAUGCGGGAUUUUUCACGGAUAUCUCAUGUUACCCAAUUC